UUUGUAAUUAAGGGAUAUCUGAAUAAAUAUUCAAAAGAAAAAAUAACUUGAUCAAAAGAAGAAGAAAGUGAGCAUGGAGUUGUGGAAGCAAGGAGCCGAGGCAAAAAUUUACAAAACAAACUUCUAUGGAAAACCUUGCAUCGUCAAAGAACGUUUUGUUAAAUCAUACAGACACCCCAGUCUUGACAAAUCACUGACAGCACACCGAGUUAAAUCUGAAGUCAGAGCAAUGUUAAGAUGCAGGAUGAAUGGUAUUCUCACACCUACUGUGUAUUUUGUAAACAUGGAUACAUCUAGCAUCUAUAUGGAAGAGAUACAAGAUUCUGUGACAGUGAAAGACUACAUAAAAAGGGUUCAGAGUAGCAAAAACCCAACAGAAGCUUUAGAAAUCCUAACACCAUUGGCACAGACUAUCGGAAGCACUUUGGGUAUCAUGCACAAGCAAAACAUCGUUCAUGGAGACCUGACAACCUCUAACAUGCUCCUCAGGGGAGAACCAUCCGAUAACAAACUCUGUCUUAUUGACUUCGGAUUAAGUUUCUUUGAAAAUUUAUCAGAAGACAAGGGAGUUGACUUGUAUGUACUGGAGCGUGCUCUUUUAAGCACUCAUCCUAACACAGAACAGUUGUUUGAUGUGAUACUACAGGCGUACUGUAGGAGCAAUGACACAGGAUCAAAAGAAGUCACAGCUAAGCUGGAGGAGGUCAGAAUGAGGGGAAGAAAGAGGACUAUGGUGGGAUAA